CCUCUUAAAUUCCAGUCAACAGAGGCGGAGCAAAUUGCGGUUUACAGUUUCCUCCCCCGGUCACUUACUGUGUGAGACACUCGUGUCGGGGUGCCACGGCCGAUGGACUUUACCGCAACAUGUACGAUUUGGGUGUUUUGUGCAGAGUAGCUGCGUAAAAAACGGUGCGUCCGAGCAAAUGCGGCUCUCACCAUGACCAGUCCCGGGAAGCGGAGCCUCCAGGCGGCGUUGAUCCUCCUGUCUGUCGCCCAGCUGACUGCAGGUCUGAAGUGUGUGUGCCAGCUGUGCGCCAACCACACCUGUGAGACGACGGCUGACGGCGCCUGCUGGAACUCCGUGAUGCUGAUUGACGGGAAGGAAGAGACGGUCAAGUCCUGCCUGUCGCCCUCCGAGAUGAAGGGCCAGGUGUUCUGCUACAGCUCCAGAAACGUCUCCAAGAGGAGCUGCUGCUUCACUGACUUCUGCAACAACGAGACUCUGCACCUACUCACAGAGAGGCCUUCAGAAGAACCUGGCUGGAGCAGGCUGCAGCUGGCCGUGGUGAUCGUGGUGCCCUCCUGCCUGCUCUGUGUGGGGAUUCUGCUGGGCUUGUUUGUUGUGCACGGCCACCGUUGUGCCUACAGACGAGCACACAAGAAAGACCCGGAGGAGAUUCUGGAUGACCAGAUGCUAAUGUCACCGGACAAAUGCCUCAAAGAUCUCAUCUAUGACAUGAGCACCUCAGGCUCAGGAUCAGGGCUGCCACUGCUGGUCCAGCGAACCAUAGCUCGAACCAUCGUCCUGCAGGAGACCAUCGGAAAAGGCCGGUUUGGUGAGGUGUGGCGGGGCAAGUGGAGAGGAGAGGACGUGGCAGUGAAGAUCUUCUCCUCCAGAGACGAGAGGUCGUGGUUCCGUGAGGCAGAGAUUUAUCAGACUAUCAUGCUCAGGCAUGAGAACAUCCUGGGAUUUAUUGCAGCUGAUAACAAAGAUAAUGGCUCAUGGACUCAGCUCUGGUUGGUGUCAGAGUACCAUGAGCAUGGCUCUCUGUACGAUUACCUGAACAGGUACACGGUCUCGAUGGAAGGCAUGGUGGUUCUCGCUUUGUCCAUAGCCAGUGGACUGGCACAUCUCCACAUGGAAAUCAUUGGCACACAGGGGAAGCCUGCCAUUGCUCACAGAGACCUGAAGUCUAAAAAUGUGCUGGUCAAGAAGAACGGGACAGCAGUCAUUGCAGAUUUGGGCUUGGCUGUAAAACACGAUUCCAGCACAAACACCAUAGACAUACCGUCAAACCACAGAGUGGGAACUAAGAGGUACAUGGCUCCAGAAAUCCUGGAUGAGACAAUCAAUAUGGGCUGCUUUGAGUCAUUCAAGCGGGCGGAUAUUUAUUCGCUGGGCCUGGUGUUCUGGGAACUGGCCAGACGAUGCUCCGUUAGGGGACUUAAUGAAGACUUUCAGCUGCCUUAUUAUGACAUGGUGCCUUCAGAUCCGUCCAUUGAGGACAUGAGGAAGGUGGUUUGUGAUCAGAAACUCAGACCCAACGUUCCCAAUCAGUGGCAGAGCUGUGAGGCUCUGCGUGUGAUGGGCAAACUGAUGAGAGAGUGCUGGUACGCCAACUCUGCUGCACGGCUCACUGCUCUGCGGGUCAAGAAAACGGUGUCUCAGCUGUCUGUUAUCAAGGACAUCAAAGAUUAGAUUUGUUGCCGUGCAGAUCAGUACUGGUGCGGGCGCUGGUGCGACAUGACGGACUGGGAGAAAACGGGGAGAAACUGUCCUCUCUUACUGCCUGAGGCUGCCCUCUUCAGGACGCAAUCACACCUUUAGAGAGCUUCAUCAGGUUGUUGUUGGUGCCAAAGUAUUGUAGGAGGUGUCAGUGGAAGCUCUGAGGCACCUAAUCGACCGACAUUUUAACCAAAAUGCUACACUUUUGGUAGGAAGAGCCAUAUGAAAUAUGUGAUGUAUAUAGAGAUUGUUUUGCUACCUCAGUAUUUUAAGUGCCCAAAGCUUGAAGUUGCACAUUGUUUUGUGUUUUGUGCCAUAUCUUGCAGCAAAUGCAGUACUGCUGGGAAGGUUGUGUGCUAAAUGACAAUCACAGAGAAUACUGGAUUAAAAUCCCCAGUAGGGUUUGUCUGAUUUUUAAUGACAUACAUUACCUGUCCCUGACAAAAAUAUUUUAGAUACUUUUGCAUAGUUUGACCAGCAUUGAAGUACGUCAAUGUUUUGUUGAAAACUCUGGGUGGUUUCCUCCACACUUAGCAGGAAAACAGCUGUGCAUUUACAACUGGCAGAGAAUCUUUAGCUAAAUAUAUCCACAACUUUUUAAUAAACCAUGCUCUAUUUCUGAGUAUUGAUUAUUCAGGAUGUCUCUAUAGAGAUGGAUGACUGUCAGCCCAUUGAACAAUUUGUUUGUUGGUCUAAAUACCUCCACAACUACGAGAUACAGACAUUCAUAGUCCCCAGGAGACCUCCAAUGACUGGACUUUUCAUCUGCCACCACCACAGCCACGCGAUACAUGCAGCUGAGGCUCACAGAGCACAGCUUGAACUAAUGAAAGCUGAGCCUGACAAACCAGAGUUUAGUCUUGGUCUGUUUUUAAAUGAUCAUGGUAACAUGUUUUGAUUUGCAUUACAACCUGACCUUUUUUCUGGCACUACUCUCAGGCUAGAUGUUUAUUUUUUUUGACUGACUAGUUGCAAACACGUCCUUUUAAAGAGCCUUCAUGGCACAGCUAGUGCUUCAAACAUUUAAAUAUUAUUCUUGAUAUAAAGAUAAGUAAAUCUAUAAAUUCCUAAUAUAUAUAUUUUGCACAUAAAGCUUUUGGUUAUUGGAAAGCGCUGCUCUCUGAUAGCUGUAUGAUAGUUUUUGUAUAUGUAUUCAUGGAUUUGAACUUCAUUUCAGUAUUGUUAACUUUGGCAACAGGUGUUUUUAUUUUUAUAAAGAGGGAAAAGUAUCAUAUAAUGGUAUUUACGUGUAUAAUGUUAUGAAGCUUACUCACUUUUGCAGCAGGUUUCCUAUUGUAUCACAGAAAAAAGAUGACAAAAAGAUAAAUCUAAAAAGGUACAAUUGUACAGCAAGAAAAUGAUGACAAUAUACAAAAAAAAAAGAUCCAAAAAGGCUGAUGUAGAAGCAAAAGUAGCACAAAAUGACACUGUGUUAACUGUGUACAUUAACACUGGUGGUAAAUCAGCUUUUCACUAGGGGAGCACAGUUUGAGUGAUUGGUCCACAUUAGGAUCACUAAUGCCACUGUCUGACGUGGCCUAUAAAGCCUUGACAUAACAGGCUUAGGGAAAGUGCAGUGUGUGCUUGUAUGGACCAGAGUGUGUGUGUGCGCAGGUGUGCCUGUGUGUCUGUGUGUGUGUGUGUGUUUCAUAUCAUGUGAAGUGACCCUGUACUCAAAGAUGUGAAUCUGAUUGAUCAUUGCAGUCUAACUGUGAAACUGGUGCUUUGGAUGAGAACAUGUACAUACACCAAGGCUUUCUGUUCAGCUGUAGCUCCCUAUCACAUGUUCAUGUUAUUUUAGUUGCUAAAGGAAGUGACAUACUUCCAUAUAGCUGCUUGGUAUCAGUGUUACAGUUUAACAGUAUUCCUGUUACCAAGGUGUAGUAAUUAUUGAAUGAUAUGUAGCAUCAGCAGCUCCUCGAAAACAAGCUACGUACAAUAGCCUGUUGCUGUAUUUGCAGAUAUCAGUUAACCCUCCUGUUGUCUUCAUUCAUGGGCAGCAAAAAUAUUGUUCCUUUGUUUGAAAAAAAUCCAAAAAUUCAGCAAAAAAAUUUGCAAAAUCUUCAGGGAGAAAAUUCCAAAACUUCCUGAAAAGUUUCCCUUAAAAGUUUUAUUUAAAAAAAAAAAAAAUAAAUAAAUAAAUAAAAAAUUCCCAAAUUUGGCAAGAAAUAAAAAUGUAAAAAAUAAAAAAAAAUUAAAUUGCAAAUAAUUUUAAAAAAUGAAUAAAAAUCUUCCAAAAAAAUCCUAAAAAUAUCUAAAGUGAUUUCAUAUAUAUCAGUAAAACUUCCAAUAUGUUCUUUAAGAACAUUCAGAAAAAAAUCUACCAAAAUCCAGCGAAAUUCACUGGAUUUUGGUCGAUUUUUUCCUGAAUGCUCUUAAAGAAACAUUUAUUUAUUUUUUUUAAAACAUUUUUUUCCACCAAAAAAUGUUCAAAAAUUUCCCCAAAAUGUUGAAAAUGUGGAAGUUGUCACUGUGAAAAUAGAUAUUUUGUCCCACAUUUUAAAACUUUAAAACGGGUCAAUUUGUCCCGCAUGACGACAGGAGGGUUAAUUUUGGAAGUCUUCAUGUAUUUUAUUCUGUGAGAUGAUUAUUAUCUGACUGUGUUGCAGAGAAUAAAGAUAGGAAAUGUUUAAAAUGGUUCAUCAAACUGACUGGCCCUGCCUCUGUCCAUUGAAAAAUACCUAUAAUAUAGGUAUGUUAGUUGUUUAUCUGAAGUCGCAUCUGUGCUGAGCCAAUGUGGUCGAUUGUGUCAUUUCUGCUUCUUCAAGAAUCAGAAGAAUGACGUGGUGAAAGCUGUGAGCAAAGCAUGUGAAAGACUUAUCAGUCAUUCCAAAGAGGAGUGAUCACCAUGUGCAAUUUCUGACUGGUGUCUUUUUUAAUAUAUUGUAUAUGAUAUGAUUGAAUAUACACAAACGUGAUACAGCUUUCAUAUAAUAGGACCUCCAUCUGAUUUUCAAACCCUCCACUCAUUUAGUUUCACACAUUUGUUUUCCGUAACACUGUUUUGUGUUGUUGCUCAGAUGUGGAUUUCAUUCAACUGCAUGGUAUCUUUUGUCUUGCACUAUUUAUUCUGUGUAGAAAUGUGAUAUCAGUGGGUCAAUAAACUGUUUUUCAAGGA